CAGCGCACUAUGCUCAGCACACUUGAUUAUGACAAAACGUCGCUUAGAUAAAUAAAAUAAUCAAAAUCAUUUAAUCUUAGGGAUGAUUAGCUGUUGCUGCUCACGUUAAUUAUUCCAUGUCCUUGGUUACCUUGACAUUUGUCAUUACAUAUACGUACAUGUAUAUAAACUACAAAGCUUGAUUUAUUAACUAUGAUAAUGCAAGAAAACAAAAUAAUCUGAGAGUGUAAUGGAAAUUAUUUGUUAUCUUUUCAUAAAAUAAUUAUAUAGUAAUAAUAAUAAUGACAGUAAUUAUAAUAGUAACGAAAUACUAUUUCUAAAAAAUAGCAAAUUGUGAAUUGACAGUCACAAGUAGUCUACAGUUGUGUGAAAUAAAAUUUUAAUUAAUUAAUCAUGAAUGAAAAACAAGUGGAUUCAAUAAAAACAGGAUGGAGACAUUUUAUAUUGAUGGAGCCACCAAUAUUUUUAUUAUUAUUAGCCAAUGGAAUGACAAGUAAUGUUCUCACUGAUUUGAUUCUCUUUCAAACGUGUAGGCAAAUAAUGGUAACAAACAAAACCAGCUGUGAUAUUUUGCAUACAAAUAGUAGCAGUCAGGAGGCAAGAGAGUUGAGUAAAAUUAUUCAGCCACACGCAAGUUAUAUAAUAAUUGGUAGAUCACUGAUUAAAGGCAUUUUACCAGCCUUACUUAUAUUAUUCUUGGGUCCUUGGAGUGAUAAAUAUGGUAGAAAACCUUUAAUAAUUGCAGGAUAUUUUGUUCCAUUGUGCAGAUACAUAAUACUUUUUAUAUUAAGUAAUUUUGAUGCGAAUCCAUGGUUAUAUUUACUAGCUUACAUACCAACAGCACUUUUCGGUUCUGGACUCUUAUUAGCAACAAUUUGUUACAUAUCAGACUCUACAGAACCUGAUAAACGUGCUUGGCGCUUAGCUUGUUUGCAAACUUGUGUCAAAACUGGACUAGUCAUCGGGACAUUUAUUGGCCCAUUGAUAUUUCAAAAACUCGGUUAUACAUUUUUAUUCAUUAUUGCAGCUUUACUUUGUUUAAUAUCAUUACUAUAUGCGGUAUUUAUGGUACCUGAAUCUGUUCAGAAUGAUUCUGAAAAAAAAUGGGGGAAUCCAUUUGAUUUUUCUCUAGUGAAACAACUAGUACUAACGUGUACUAAAAAACGUGAAGGUUUGAAUCGUGGGAUGUUGUGGAGUUGUCUAGCAGUUUUGUCAUUAUAUAAAAUAACAUUUCACGGAAAUUCAGAUAUCAGUUAUUUAUUUGCAAAUGCUAAACUUGGUUGGAAUGUUGUGCAGUAUUCAAUGUUUAGUAGUGUGUCAAUGGUUUUAUCAAUUGUCGGAACAUUUGCUGGUCUUAAAAUAAUGAAAGACUAUAUCGGUUUAACAGACAUUACAGGAGCCCUAAUUGGAUGUUUAUCCGGGUUUUCAGCAUCAUUAUGUCUUUCUUUGGUUACUGAGUCUUGGCAUAUGUACUUAGAAGUAUGUUUAGGAAUUUUUAUUGGUGUUAUUUUACCUACCACACGAUCACUUAUAUCAAGAUCUGCACCUGCAGAUGAUUUAGGAAAAGUAUUCUCUUUGGUGACAUUUGUGGAUACACUAUUGCCAUUAGGUAGUGCUCCAUUAUAUACUUUAUUAUAUUCUUCAUAUAUGUCAGUUUACCCAUUGCCGGUCUAUCUGUUAACAUCUGGAAUUUAUUUCUUACUAAUAAUUAUUAUUAUAACUAUUAAUUUUAAAUUUAUAAGAGAUAAAUCGUCCAGUAAAUCUAUUACUCAAGCGGAUUAA